AUGGGACAUCGGGGCAGUUUCACUCUUCCCUGUCUCAUUGGCAGCAUGUCUGUCAGUCACGCAUUAGCCGAUUUAGGAGCUAGCUUAAACCUUAUGCCAUAUAAGGUCUUUGCUAAGUUAGAUCUGGGUGAACCUUCACCCACUAGAAUGAGCAUUCGACUUGCAGAUCGUUCAAUCAAGUAUCCGCGUGGAUUCAUUGAAAACAUGCUUGUUAAAAUCGAUAAAUUUGUUUUCCCUGUGGAUUUUGUUAUUCUCGACAUGGACGAAGACUCAAAAGUGCCAUUAAUACUUGGACGCCCAUUCCUCAAUACUGCGAGGACGAUUGUUGAUGUGGAAGUCGGCCAAAUCACAUUCCGAGUAAAUGACGAGCAUGUGACUUUUGACAUUAUAAGAUCAAUGCAACAUCCGCAAAGUCACGAUGACAUGCUGUACUAUGUCGACAUUGUCGAUACUUGUGUAAGCUCUCAUUUCCAAGGCACGAUCGAAGAAAUUGAUACGGACACACAUCUGUUGUGUGAGAAUCAAGAUGGAAUUUCGCAGGAGCGCCGCAAAACUGAGCAACUGGUUUUGCAAAUCGGCGAUGAUGGUUCUCAAAGUCCAGAUCAAUUUGUGGAAAUUGACCGUGAAGUUGCAGGAAAAUCAAAACCUUCGGUUGAAGACCCACCGUCAUUAGAGUUAAAAGAACUCCCACCGCAUCUUGAAUAUGCAUUUCUAGACGAGGAGUGUCACUUUCCAGUCAUCAUUUCAGCAUCUUUAGCAAAAGAAGAAAAGAGACAGCUUCUCGAAGUUCUAACGCUCCACAAGAAAGCCAUGGCGUGGAAGAUUAUGGAUAUCAAAGGCAUUAAUCCUUCUUUUUGUACUCAAGAGAUUCUCAUGGAAGACAAUUACAAGCCUAGUGCACAACAUCAAAUGUGUUUGAAUCCGAAUAUGCAAGAUGUGGUGAAGAAAGAGGUUAUUAAGUUGUUAGACGCAGGGCUGAUUUAUCCUAUAUCUGAUUCUGUUUGGGUAAGUCCGGUGCAAGUAGUACCCAUGAAAGGUGAUAUUACUGUAGUUCCAAACGAUAGGAAUAAACUUAUUCUUACCCGUACCGUUACAGGAUGGCGAGUUUGCAUCGAUUACCGCAAACUCAACGAUGCCACCGAUGAAUGCAUGAAAGCAUUCAAGCAACUUAAACAAAGGCUUAUCGAAGCCCCUAUUUUAGUUGCACCCGACUGGGCGUUGCCAUUUGAGAUAAUGUGCGAUGCAAGUGAUUACGCAAUAGGAGUAGUCUUAGGACAACCAAGGGAGAAGCAUUUUCAUCCUAUUUACUAUGCCAACAAAACUCUACAUGAUGCUCAAGAAAAUUACACAACUACAGAGAAAGAGCUUUUGGCAGUCGUUUAUGCUUUCGACAAAUUCAGGUCGUACCUUGUGUUGUCCAAAACAAUUGUGUAUACGGAUCAUGCAGCAAUCAAAUACCUUUUUAGUAAGCAGGACACAGAACCGUGUCUUAUCAGAUGGAUCUUGUUAUUACAAGAAUUUGACAUUGAGAUCCAAGAUAAAAAGGGAGCUCUAAAUGUUGCAGCCGACCAUCUCUCGAGACUUGAGCAUGGUAAGUCAGAAAAUUCAGUGGAGGAACAAUAA